GAAUGGAAGGAUGCAAUCAGGAUGCCUGAGGGAGGUGAAACACUGGAGAAGUUGGACGAAAGAGAACAGGUGAUGCAGGCUGCCACAGCCGCCACAAAAGGGGAGGAGAAGAAAGUGCAAGAGGAGCAGAAGCAGUUUGAGGAGGCACAGCAGGCCAUGGCGAAGAAUAGGAAGGGGGUGGAGAUCAAGAAGAAGAUGCUGCAGACGGGAGCAGCAAUGAUCGGUACGCUGAAGGAGCAGGCCAAGGAAGAAUCUAACCCCAAAAUCCCAUUCUUCUCGCAAGUAGCGAUACAUUUUGCUAACGAGACCGAUGCCUUGUGCCUGUCGGAAAACCAUCUGGUUGUCAGGCAGGACGAGAUGACUGAGAAAUGGAACUGCAUACUCGAGAAUACGUACCACCUAGUUCGCAAAACCUGCGAAGAGUACGGAGGGCACCACGUGGAGUAUUGCAAGAUGCAUGGGGUGAAGAAGGCGGUGUUGAGAAAGCCAGAUGGUGGUGAUGGAGGAGAUGGAACCCCUUGCCAUAUCAUUCCCUUCUGUCCAGAACGGAGACAACUAGGAAAAGGGAAUGGCUUGUAAAAGUUGCAGCUGCUUCUAAGCCACCACCUAGAUAGCUAUCCGGUGAC